GUCUCCCAGGAAACCGGCCCCCGCGCCCUGCGCCAGGUGGCGGAGAGCCGAACUGAAAAGCUCGCGAAGGGGGCGCGUGUUGCAGCGGAACCAGCCUCUCCUAGGCUACAACUACUUUUAUUUUCGUUGUCUUUUUCCCUUUGCACCUCGCAGGCCUUAAAAAACCCGUAGAAUUUCUUCGCGAUUCCAGUCAUGGAGCUAGCGCAGCCCAGGGACCUGGGGCAGGACUUGGCUCUGGGUAAAAGGAGGCACAACGAGCUGUGCAGGCAGAAACGGGUCUUCAACGCCAGGAACCGGAUCGUGGGGGGAGACACAGAAGCCUGGGAUAUUCAGGUUCGAGACCAGAAGAUAAAAGAAGCAACAGAAAAAGCUAGACAUGAAACUUUUGCCGCUGAAAUGAGGCAUAAUGACAAAAUCACAUGCAUAUUGGAAGGCCGGGAAAGGAGAGAUAAGAGAAGCCUCUGUAAAGCCAUCAAUGACUUCCAGCAGAGCUUCCAGAGGCCAGAAACGCGCCGUGAAUUUGACCUAUCUGACCCCCUAGCCCUUAAGAAAGAUCUUCCAGCGAGACAGUCAGAUAAUGAUAUUCGGAAUACCAUAUCGGGAAUGCAGAAAUUCAUGGGAGAGGAUUUAAAUUUCCGGGAGAGGAAGAAAUUCCAGGAGGAACAAAACCGAGAGUGGUCCUUGCAACAGCAAAGGGAAUGGGAGGAUGCCCGUGCCCACCAGAGAUGUGCAGAGGACCUGUACUUGAAGACAAGGCUGCAGUUUGAUGAAACAGCCAAGCAUCUACAGAAUCUGGAGAGCGCCACCAGAAAGGCGGUUUGUGUAGCUGUGAAAGAAUUCAACAAGAGCCAGGCCACCGAAUCACUGGAAAGGAAAAUUCAAGAGAAAAAACAGGAACAAGAAGACAACGUGGCUGAGAUCUCCAACCUGCUGCACGGGGACCUGCUCUCGGAGAACCCACAGCAGGCAGCCAGCUCCUUUGGGCCCCACCGUGUGGUGCCAGACCGCUGGAAGGGCAUGACCCAGGAGCAACUGGAGCAGAUCCGCCUGGUUCAGAAGCAGCAAAUCCAGGAGAAGCUGAGGCUUCAAGAAGAAGAGCGGCAGCGAGAUAUGGACUGGGACCGCCGGCGGGUGCAGAUGGCUCGAGCCGCCCUCCUCCUGGAGCGGCAGCAGCGGCGCCAGCAGCGUGACCUGCGCAGGGCCCUGGACUGCAACAACCUCAGCCUGGCCAAGGAGCAGCGUUUGCAGAAAAAACAUAUGGAGGAAAUCUGUACAAAUGAACCCACUGAAGACUAUUUCACGCAAUUUAAUACAAGAAGUCGGUAAUGAAAGAGACAGCGUCCUUCUCUUCUGAAUUGUUUAUGCAUAAAAUGCAAUGGCCGUGAAGAGUCUCAUUUAUUAAAAAAAAGAGAGAGAGAAAUACA